UACAGAAGCUUCCCUCAUACUCACUCAAGUAACUGACUUCAUUGAAAAAAUAUGUUUCAAACCAAGAUCCCCGCUUUCACUUUGCUUGUGUUGAUGGGAGCUUGUGCCAAGAUGGUCGAAUCUGGGGAACGCAGGAUCAUUUUGGUCGGGCAAAGUGGAUCAGAAAACAGUGCAGCUGGAAACAUUAUUCUCGGAAAGAAAGUCUUUGAGAACAGUUUCCCAAAGACAGAUGCCACCAAUGCGUGUCAGAGUGAGGAGAGCGGGAGCGAAGGCGACGGAUACAUCAGCAUUAUAAACACAGCAGGACUUCUAGACAGCAAUGAGAAACAGAACAUUUAUAUUUUAAAUUGUACAGUUGUCCAUUCAUUUCCUGGACCUCAUGCAAUUCUGUUGGUGAUCAAUGUAAAAGCUCGAUUCACAGAAGAGGAGAGAGCAGCUGUGAAGUGGAUUGAAGAUCAUUUUGGUUCAGAUGCUUCAACGUACACAAUACUACUGUUCACUCACACAGACCUGCUGGAGGACAAGACUCUGGAUGAGUUCAUCAGUGAGAGCGAUCACCUACGUCACCUGAAAGAUCAGUGUGGAGGAAGAUACCACGCAUUUAAAAACAACAACAUUCAAGACAGAUCCCAGGUCAAGGGACUCCUGGACAAGAUCGAGAAGAUGGUGAAGGAAAAUGGACGAGAGCACUACACCAAUGACAUGUACAGGGAAGCUCAGAGAAUAAUUGAUGAUGCAAAGGAAAGAUUUAAGCCUCUGUACCAAAAAUUUAAAGAACAAAAGCAGUCAAUAGCUAGACAAUAUCAAAUGAGCCCAGAGGAAAAGAGAAAACGAUGUAAACACAUUGUACCCUGGCUAUCUUGGUUGGUGAUUGGUUUGAGUUCUUUUGCCGUUUCUCCUUAUUUGUCAUUUGCCUUUUCUCCAUUGUUGUCGUUUGGCCUUUCUCCUUUUUUGUUGUGGCCAGUGUCUGUCCUAACAGCCUUACUGAGCUUUGCCGCAUCGAAAUUGUCUAUAGAUGCCGACUUUGCUUUGCUUUGCCUUUUUGAGAAUUAACAUCUUGAUUAAAUGGAAUAAGGAUUGAUAAAUAUUCAGAGUAAUCAGAGGGACUAUGAUCAGAAUCUAACUCUAGGCUUUUCUUGUUUACAUGUUAUUUUAAUCGUCUUUUGCAGAAACGGGCUGAUCAUUUGAUUUUGCGUGUGCACGUUUAUAUGAACACGGUGUAUUAUGGCCCCAACCUAUAUGUGACCCCUGCAACAAAUGUGCACUAAAUGU